AGUCACUACUCAGCAGCAACGUCUCCUUUCUCUUGAGCUCCUCCCUAACUCCCUCAGCAAAAGAAAAAUCCAUCACUUGCUCCGUCCAGCCACCCCCGUGUCACCGUCUCCAUUGAAACUGCUCAAAACCGUCGUCCCCAUUACGGUUAUCUCGGCCACUACUCGAAACCACCGUCCCCACUGCAACUCAUCUCACAUCGUUCUUCUGUCGCGCAGUCGAUGUUCCGCCACGCUGGCUCUGUUCCAUCGGCUCCAGCCUUUUGGUUGCUGUAACUUCGUUACGCUCCACCCUUCUCUGUUCCUAGUUCUGCUGUGCACCACCCUCACCAGCUCCAGUUCUGCGGCGGUCCGGACCACCUCUUCUCCAGUUCUGCUGCGCCCAGCCUUCUAUCGUGCUCCCUCAUCUUUGUGCUCUAGAAGGUUGAUGUAUUCCUGUUACUGGCUAUGAUGUUGACAUUGCCCUCGUCGAGUUUUUGCCCAUUCGUGAGCUCUUCUCGUUUGUUCUUGGCACUGCUCUUGGAUCUUGAUCGUCAUGAGGUUUUCCCUCCCUCUAAACUCUGAACUCCGACUGAAAUCACCAAAUCGGAGUGUUGGUUGCGUUACCGUGAACCUUGAGGCCUGCUGCGGUGCCGCCUGUGGGUGUUAAGUGAUUGUGACUGCUCUACCGUGAGUGCAUCUCUGUAUCUCUCCACUGCGACUGCGACUGCGACUGCAUUGGAAGGUUGCUGACUUACUGUCGCUGCUGCUUUGUGUCGUUCCUGGUUGCUGCUGCCUGCUGCCCUCUUCUCCCCUGUUGUGUGAUUUUAGGAAGAAGACUGUGCUGUGUUCUUGAUCGGUGAAGAGCACUGUGCUGUGUUCUUGCAUAAUUAUAGAAAGUGUACUCUUCAAGCCCUUGGAUUAUUUUCACUGCUGAUCAGGUAAUGGAAUAUGUGACUUGGGCAGGAGCAACAGCAUUGCUGCAAUCAGCAGUGUUUGCAAAGGCAGGGCAACCUGAAGUUCAAUGGAUAAAGGUAAAAUAUACGACAGCUCACUUCUCCAACGGCACUGCAUCUUCCACACUUGGGUACUCCCUCCAUAUUCACAACUUAAAAUUAUUGAACUCGACAACCCUGUUACAGAACCAAAUCCAUCAAAUGUUGUUCAAGACAUGUGCUUGCUCCUUAUUGGCCAUGACAGUUUAUGCCAUCUUCUACAACUAUACCCACAAAACUCUUACUCUCACGAGUUCAGAGCUCUCAAGGACUUUGUUAACCAAGCCAACUUGUCUAACGCAUUCAAAACCUUCUUUCAAAUACAGCAACAUGCAGCACCAUCACUUUCUACUGCUUCUUCCUAUAUCUUGUUACACCCCAUUAGUUCUCUUCUCUUGGGUUGCAUUAACCUUAAAUCAUUGCCACAGGGUAAGCAGCUUCAUGCCCAAGUCAUUUCAUUGGGUCUUGAUCAACACCCUAUUUUGGUUUCAAGGCUCACUAAUUUUUACACUAGUUUCACUCUCCUUGCUGAUGCUAAUGUUGUUGUUGAGAGCUCCACUAGUUUGGAUCCAUUGCCUUGGAAUAUGGUUAUAUCUUCCUAUGUUAGAAAUGGGCUCUUUAUGGAGGGUCUUUCCGCAUAUAAGAAAAUGGUGAAUAAGAGGAUUGAACCUGAUGAUUUCACUUACCCUUCUGUUCUAAAGGCUUGUGGGGAAUUGUUAGAUUUUGCUACUGGUUUGGAGGUUCAUAAGUCUAUUGAGGCUAGCUCAAUUGGGUGGAGCUUGUUUGUGCACAAUGCAUUGGUCUCUAUGUAUGGUAGGUUCGGGGAAUUGAAGGUUGCUCGCCAAAUAUUUGAUCAAAUGCACCACAGGGAUGAUGUUUCUUGGAACACUAUGAUCAAUUGUUAUGCUUCAAGGGGGAUGUGGGAGGAAGCGUUUUGGCUAUUUGGAUGCAUGCAAGAGGAGGGUGUUGAAAUGAAUGUGAUCAUUUGGAAUACUAUUGCUGGAGGGUGCUUGCAUUCAGGAAAUUUUAGUGGGGCACUUAAGAUGCUUUCUCAGAUGAGAACUAAAAUUCAUUUGGACAAUGUUGCGGUGGUUGUUGGAUUGAAUGCAUGUUCCCACAUUGGAGCCCUUAAAUUGGGAAAGGAGAUUCAUGGUCAUGCUGUAAGAACAUGCUUAGAUGCAUUUGAAAAUGUAAGAAAUGCAUUAGUUACAAUGUAUUCCAGAUGUAGUGACCUCAGACAUGCAUAUAUAAUGUUCCACAGAAUGGAAGACAAGGGUUUAGUUACUUGGAACGCGAUGCUUUCUGGAUAUGCACACAUGGAUCGAUCUGAGGAAGUCUCACACCUUUUCAGAGAAAUGUUACACAAGGGUGUUGAACCAAAUUUUGUAACCAUUGCAAGUGUUCUUCCCCUUUGUGCUCGCAUAGCGAAUCUGCAACAUGGCAGGGAGUUUCAUGGCUACAUCAUGAAGUGUGAAGAGUUUGAUAAGUAUUUAUUAUUGUGGAACGCUCUGGUGGACAUGUAUGCGAGGUCUGGCAAAGUCUUAGAAGCCAGAAGAGUGUUUGAUUCGCUGAGUACAAGAGAUGAAGUCACAUAUACUUCCAUGAUCUUGGGGUACGGUAUGAAGGGAGAAGGACAAACUGCUCUAAAACUAUUUGAAGAGAUGUGCAAGUUGAAGAUUAAACCAGACUAUGUAACAAUGGUUGCAGUUCUAACAGCUUGCAGCCAUUCUGGUCUUGUAUCUCAGGGUCAGUUACUCUUUAAACAGAUGACAGAUGUUCAUGGGAUGAUACCGCGCAUCGAGCACUUUGCUUGCAUGGUUGAUCUCUAUGGAAGGGCUGGCCAUCUGAACAAAGCAAGGGAUGUUAUUACUGGGAUGCCAUGCAAGCCAACUUCCGCAAUGUGGGCGACACUCAUUGGAGCUUGUCGAAUCUAUGGAAACACAAUGAUGGGGGAAUGGGCUGCAGGAAAAUUGAUGGAAAUGAAACCUGAUCACUCAGGUUAUUAUGUGUUGAUUGCGAACAUGUAUGCAGCCGCUGGUUGUUGGAGCAAGCUUGCAGAAGUGAGGAGUUACAUGAAGAACAUAGGUGUGAGAAAGGCACCAGGCUGUGCUUGGGUUGAUGUUGGCAAUGAGUUUUCUCCAUUUGUGGUGGGAGACACUUCCAACCCUCGUGCUUAUGAGCUCUACCCCUUAAUGGAUGGACUCAAUGAAGUGAUGAAAGAUGCUGGUUAUGUAAGUAAUGAGGAGACUGUUUCACCCGAGGAACAUUUUGAAGAGUUGAAUGUUGUAGGGAGUGUAUACUAAAUUGAUGUGCCACAUAAGCAUGUUUUGGAGUGAGAUCAUUGACAGCGAGGUUAACCAGUCUCAUAAAUUAAAUAUCAAGGAUCGAAAAUAGGUUUUUUUUUUCUUUUUUGUAGUGUUUUGAAGAAAUUAUCAGGACCGGGAUGGAUAUUCAUUAAAAAAUCAAAGAAAGAUUUGAAAUAUGUUACAUAUUUGUAACUUCA